AUGUGCUCCAGAAGAAAACAAAUGGACCGAUCUUCUAAUUCCAGUUGCAGGUCAUCCUGUGUGAAACUUUAUCUGUGCUCCAACCCAGAGGAUAGUAUUAUGGAGCGCAGAGCUUUGAGAGAGAGUGUGUUCCCAGAACUUAGAGAGCAGUGCAGACACACACUGGGAGUGGACUUCAGGGUGAUAGACCCAUAUGAAUCCAGUGAUCCAAGUCGCUGGCCAGAUGAUAACAGCAGACAGCAGCUGAUAAAAGAAUGCAGAGAGAGCUCAGCUGGACCUUUUCUACUGUCGCUGGUCGGACAUCAGUAUGGCAAAGCCAGCCUCCCUGCCCAGGUGGAGGUGCCAGAGUACCAGCUGCUGCUGCAGGAGAGCCAGCAGGCGGGUGUCAGUACCAAGGAGCUGGAGAGAGUUUACAAGAGAGACGAGAACACCAUCCCUCCCUCCUACUGCCUGACACCUUCACACAGACACACCUGUGGCCCUCAGCAGGCAGAUGUUAAAGAGGAAGAGGAGAACAAGAUGGAGGAAAAAGAAGAAGAGUUGAGGAAGGUGUUAAAGUCCGCUGUGACUCUGUGUGUCCACAAUGAUCUUCUGACUGCAGAGAAAGCUCACAAGUAUUACAGAUCAGCCCUGGAUGCAGAUCUGCGGUUUGCUCUGGAGGAUCGUCCUCGUAAUGAUAUCAUCCGACGCUGCAUAGUUUACGUUCACACGGUCAUCAACGCUAAAGGCGAGCAAGUGAAAGGACAGAUGAGUUCAAAGCUGGAGCCACAGUCAGAGGCAGAGGCAACCCCUGAAAGUUCAACACCCACUGACCGAGAAUUACUGUCAGAGAUGUGUGACAGCUUCCUCCGUGGCCUCAUCACCUCCUGCAGGCUUCUGGUCUACACCACUACCACUGAGUGUGACCGUCGCCAUGGUUACACCACAGCCAGGAGGCGAGGCUAUGCUGAGUCUCUCUGCCAGCAGGUGUAUUCUGACCUGGCCGAGUUGAUUGGCGGCUUAAACGUCUCAGAAACCGGUGGAGACUCUCACCCGGGUGACACUUUGGCUCGAGAACAGGCUGAGCAGGAGGAACUUUGCACCACCCUGUCAAGAUUUUAUGACGUCAUACGGCCAGAAGAAGAAGAGAUUAAAGCAUUUGUGGAGCAGAGCGACCACCAGGGCCCGUUAGUGAUUACAGGAGGGCCGUGUGCAGGGAUGACAGUGCUGCUGGCACACUGUGCUCAACAGAUAAAGUCUUGGCUACAAGACAACAGUCCUGUGGUGAUCACUUACUUUACAAACUUCUCAAGCAACCCUUCUCUGAAGCACCUGUUGUCCAGCCUGUGUUAUCAAAUCAUUUCUCACUACUCAUCCUCUACGCAGGGUACAAACUUUUACAUUGGAACUGAACCUGACGAUCCUAACUAUACUAGUAACCAAAAAGACUCCAACUGCUCCCCUCCAGCUAAUCUGGAUCCUCAUCAUGAGCCCAACGUUUCUGACUGUAACCCAGACCUUAAAACUGUGCCCUGUCCAGUUCAGGAAGGCCCCAAACAUGGCGUCAUAAAACCUGACGUUAGUCUAUCUGAGCUUAAAAAACAUCUUUCCUCUCUCAUGUCACUCUUGCCUUCUCCCAAACAGCCUUUAGUUCUGAUCCUUGAUGGCUUGGAUCAGAUUGGAAACAGCUUUGCAGCACAAAUCAUUGAGAGCUUACCAUCUCCCCUUCCUCCUGGAGUCAAACUCAUCCUCUCAGUCUCCUCCAACCAAACUCCUGUUCUGCAGGCUGUCGGACUACAUUACCCACAGUGCAGUCCACCUCCCUCAGUUUCCGAGGUCAGUGAGAAGAAGUCAGGAUAUGUGUGUGUCCGGCUGGGGUUGGCCGACAGGAAACAGUGUGUGAAGAUGUUGACGUCGCUGCUGAGCAGUUCGGGGAAGAGGGUGACUUCAGGACAGCAGGCGCUAGUGAACCAGGCGCUUGUUUCAUGUUGUCUGACUCUCUAUGCCCGUCUACUGCAUGUGCACACAUCUCUCUGGCACUCUGAUUCAGAGGUGACUGAGUCGUCUCUUCAUGAUGGUGUCCAUUCAUCCAUUUCUGCACUGCUGGAUCACCUCGAGCAGAAACAUACUUCUGGUCUCGUGGCUUGUGCCGUCUCUUACCUAAGCCUCUCCAGGGCUGGGAUCACAGAGGCCGAGCUCACUGAUCUCGUGUCCAGCAAUGGCAACAUACUGGUUGAGCAGGAUCAGAGGGUCACGCAAGUAGACGUAGAGAAACUUCUUUUAGAUUUGAAGAGCUUUCUCAUCCGGAGGACAGUUACAGGGUCGCAGGUUUUGCUCUGGGUGAGCAGGCAUUUCAGGCUGGUCAUCGCUAAGCGGUAUUUAGGCACUCGUGAGGCAAGGAGGGAAAUUCAUUCAGAGAUGGCGGAUUAUUUCAGCGGCCGAGGGCCCUGUGGAAGUGCCAAACGACUUCUUGAGAAACAGAAAUCAGCAGUAAGCAACAUGUACAUAGACAGGCAGCCAUGCAGCCAACCAUUUGUCUUUACUUCUUCCUCAAAAGAGGCUGGCCGAGUUAAUUUGAGGAAAAUUAUAGAAUUGCCGCAUCACUUGCAAGAAAGCGAUAAGUGGGAAGAGUUAGAGCAGGGGCUGCUAAUGUCAUUAGGGUUUCAUCAGGCUAUGGUUCAAGCCAGACUCCUCGGCGAUCUAGUAGCCAUGUUGAUGAUGGAGGAGAGGUCAUCCACAUUUACCUUCUCAAGAGAAAGAGCACUCCUAGCGAGCAUACUGACAUCUUCAGCUUGCGUCCUGCAGAGCUCACCCAUGGAGCUGCCUACAGUGAUGGAGAUGAACCUCUUCCCUUUUCUAGAGGUGUUUCCCGCACUCAAAGGUUAUGUCGGAGAGAUCAGACAGGAGAGAAUGAAGAGAAGUAGUGGAAUAGGUGUGGUACUUUCUCCUGCUCCCUCCACUGUUGCCCCCAUUCAGUGUUUGCAGUGUGAUGCAGGAGCCAGGGAGGUUUCUGUUACAGAAGCAACUGCAACUGAGUGUGGGAUUGUCGCAGAGAUCAUGGAUGAUUGUUCGGCAUGGAUAUGGAAAGGCUCUGGGUGUGACAUAGCUGAGUUAUCACUGAGGGGUGAGCAGGAGGAAGUGAAAUUUGCGGGAGUGAAAAGUAGCGGCCAAUUCAUGCUGCUCUCCACGCAAUGCAACAAGCUUUUCUUGUGGGAUGUGACAGGCCCAGAAAUGUUCCUGGAGCUUAAGGACCCUUUGAAGACAGAGUUUGCUGAGUCAAGCAAACAAAACAAAAUCAAGGGUUUUGUCGCAUGUCAGAAAAAGUUGUGUGUGUGGUGGACAGGUGCAAGCUUUGUGAGUCUGUUUGAUGCCUCUGGUGAGACUGUGACUCCUUUCCAGUGUCAAAGCUGUGUGACCUGUGUGGUUUGCUCCGCUAAUGGCUCUUACAUGUACUGUGGGCAGGAGGGAGGCAUCAUUUCUAUAUUUGACACAGACAGCAACAGUCUCCUUGGCACCUGUUCAAACUCAAACCGCAGUAUGGUUGUAUCAAUAAUCCUCUGUGAAGAUAAGCAGGAGAUGGCAUGUGUUGACAGCACGGGGGAAGUAACCCUUUGGGACGUGGCAGCAAAAACACAAUCACGCAGACUUGCCAUAGAAUGCUUUACUGGGGAUAAACCUAAUAUCGUCCUCAAUACAGAUUACUCAGAUGAAAUCAACACUUUAUUAGUGUGUCAACACAACCAGGUUACAAUGUGGGAUACAUGUGACUGGAAGCUAUGGGACCAGUUCUUGGCUCCACGGGGUAGGGCCUUCAUUCAAGCAGUGCUCUCUCAGGAUGGCCACCUUCUCCUGGCUUUGCUUGACACCUGUCCCCUGGUCUUGGCGUGGAGGGUCAGCACAGGGGAGUGUGUUCUUUCCUUAGAGACAAUCAAGCAGCCUCUUACGCUCCUCAAAGUAGCCUCCGAUGUCACAUGUGUCACCCGUGACGGCUGCCUCUUAGUGUGGGAUUCUGAGAUGAUAUACGCUGCGGGUGCAGCUCUGAAAAUGCGGCGUGGAGUGAAAGAAGUGGUGGUGGAAGAAACUGGGGAGUGGUUCUACACCACUGAUGGGUCAGAGGCAGUGUGGAAAUGGAGCCUAGAAACAGGCUUUCCACAUACUAACUUCUUGCAUGAUAGUCAUGUGGAAAAGCUGCGGGUUUCUCCAAAUAAUAUUCGCCUUGUGACGCUCUCAGUGGGAGAAAUUUACGUUUGGGUCACAGAAACAGGGCAGAAUAUCCUUCGGAUCAGUGGCAGCAGAGCUACAGACAUCCUAAUCACGCCUAAUGGUAACUUUGGAGUGAGCAUCUCUGAUAGAGGACUGUCUCGGGUUUGGAAGAUGGCAAAUGGGGGCAUCGUGUGUAAGAUACACUUGUACUUAUCUGACGCACAGGUAUCCCCUGAGAGCACUUUCCUGAUCGGGUGUCGUCAUGGAGAUCUGCUGGCUGCUAGUCUGUGGUCAGGAACGAUCAGCAAGCGUUUCUCCUGUGUGGAAAGCUCAGAGCAGGUUGUUGCUUUUCACACACUUUCAGAGCAUCCAGACUUUGUGGUGGUGAUGGUGGCCUCAGGGAGCUUGUAUACCUGGAACAUUUCAGAGGAGACAAUGUGCCAGCACUUUGAGCUGCCCGAGACAUUUCACUGUCAGCCACAGGACUUCCAGAUGUCCUCCGAUGGGAGCUAUGCACUGCUGUCCACUGACAAUGGAGCCAUCACCCUGUUGGACCUGUCUCAGGUCAGACUGUGCUCCUUUAAAGUAGAGGGUCCUGUAAUAAAAGCCUGCUUGGACAAAACUGGAGGCUAUGCUGCCUACAUAUUCCAUCCUACCAGCAUGGAAAAAAGUUGUGUCUGUUACCUGCAUGCAAGGCCCAUCCUCACAGUGGUACGACUCUCAGAUGGGGAAAGAGUAGGGAGUAUGUUUCUGUCCAGUAACCCCUUGACACUGGUUAUGUAUGAGCAACAGUGUGUGUUUGUGGGUUUUGAGGAUGGGUCUGUGGGUGUGUAUUCGAUUUCAGAUCUAAUGAUCGGUGGGGAGGGGUUGGUUGGAUACGGGGAAAAUUUGAAUGGACAGUUAAGGGAAUGCGCCUUUGACAAGGAACCAUACAGAUGUUUGCCUCUAGCCAUCCCCAAUAUGACGUGGCCUUAG